UCAUUUUGCUAAAGAAUCUUGUUAAUUUGUAUAAAACCUGUUUAUUUGAUAAUAAUCAGCUAAAAGUAACUAUUAAUUUUGUUCUUAUCAGCCUAUAUUCGUGUUAGAAAAAAAUUGAAAGAACCAGCUGUGAAAUAGUGUCAUUAACGGUUGAUGCUAGUGCAAUGUUCCUGACCAGAUCCGAAUAUGACCGUGGUGUCAACACUUUUUCUCCCGAGGGACGGCUGUUUCAGGUAGAAUACGCAAUUGAGGCAAUCAAGCUUGGCUCUACGGCUAUCGGUAUCUGCACGCAGGAAGGUGUUGUCAUGGCUGUGGAAAAACGUAUUACUUCUCCCCUAAUGGAACCAACUAAGGUCGAGAAGAUCGUCGAGGUCGAUCGGCAUAUCGGUUGCGCUACGUCUGGUUUGAUGGCUGAUUCCAGAACCUUGCUGGAUCGAGCACGAGUCGAAUGUCAGAACCAUUGGUUUGUUUAUAACGAACGAAUGUCGGUUGAAUCCUGUGCUCAGGCGGUAUCCAGUUUAGCUAUUCAAUUUGGAGACAGUGACGAUACGGGAUCAGCCAUGAGUCGUCCCUUUGGGGUGGCGAUUCUAUUCGCUGGCAUUGAAACCGGCGAACCACAGCUUUGGCAUAUGGAUCCGUCUGGUACUUACAUCCGCUAUGAUGCUAAAGCUAUCGGAUCCGGCAGUGAAGGUGCCCAGCAAAAUUUGCAGGAAUACUACCUCCCAACGAUGACCAUUAAAGAGGCGAUUAAUUUGGCUCUCAGUACUUUGAAGCAGGUCAUGGAGGAGAAACUGAAUUCCACUAACGUAGAAGUAAUGACUAUGACUGCCGGGGAGCUGUUUCGAAUGUUCACGAAGGAGGAAGUCGAGGAAUACAUCAACAAUAUGAGUUAAGUUUAUUCUACCCAGCUUAUAUCAUUACUGAUCGUUUUGAACAACGUUAACGUAAGGGAUGGCAAAAUAUUAAAUCGCGAUUUUCAUUCUA